AUGGCAAGCACUGAGCUUGAGUUUGUGGACUUUGACAUUGGCGUGCCUUGGGGCCGUCUGGCCUGUCGCUGGUAUGGAAAUCGUCGCGUGCGGCCGCUGCUGGCCAUACACGGCUGGAUGGACAACAUGGGCAGCUUCUCGAGUCUUAUACCGCUGCUGCCAAAGCAAUUGGGCGUGCUCUGCAUUGAGCUGCCGGGACACGGACGCUCCUCGCAUUAUCCGGCGGGCAUGCAGUACUCCGUUUAUGAAUGGACGAUGGCCAUAAGGCGUGUGGUGCGCCACUUUCAAUGGUUGAAGGUAUCGCUGAUGGGUCACUCCUUUGGCGCCAUCGCCUGCAAUUUGUACGCUUCGUUCUAUCCGCAUGAGCAUGUGGAUCUGCUUAUUGCUAUAGAUCUGCUCACUAUACCGUAUAAGACAAGCGACGCCUACAUCAAGUACAUGGCCAACAGCGUGGAGCGCAUGUUGCAGCCACAAAAGCAGCCCAAGCUUUACUCCCACGAGCAGCUGCAAAACGCUCGCUGGGGUCCCGCUCCAACGCUUAACAAAUGCCAAGCUCAGCCUUUGGUCGCACGCAGCGUUGUGGCCGCUCCGGAAGAGCCGCAUAAGUAUUACAUAUCCAGGGAUGCGCGCCUAGCGCACUUUAGCCUCUUUCCGAGUGGCGCUGGACUGGUCAAGGAGCUCAAUAAACGCAUCAGCAAUAUACCCUAUAUGGUCAUCAAGUGCAGCGACUCCAACUUUAUUAGCGAAGGCUCCAUACCUGCCUUGGAGCUGCUGCGCAAACAGAAUCCACACUUUGAGUAUCACUUGGCGCAGGGUCCACAUCAUGUGCUCAUCAGUGAUCCCAAGCAGCUGGCUGCAUGGAUUGUGCCAUUCAUUAAUAAGCAUAGGCCAGCUCAUAAGCUGACAGAUGCAGGGCACAUUGCCCAAAGUAAACUCUGA